AUGAGUGGUCAAGUGGUUGCUGGCGGAAAUGGAAAAGGAAAUGGGUCUAACCAGUUGGAUCGCCCAACAGAUGUAGUUGUCGAUAACAAAGGCGGUUUUCUCAUCAUUUGCGACAAGGGAAACCGACGAGUGGUGCGAUGGCCCGGUCGAGAUGGGAUAGUAGGAGAAACAAUCAUCGCGAACAUUGACUGCUACGGUUUGACAAUGGACGAUGCGAGAUUUCUCUACGUCUCUGACGAAAGGAUGGGUCAGGUCAAAAAAUGGUCAGUUGAAAGGGAUACGAGGACGAUGGAGGGAAUAUUGGUGGCAGGUAGCAACAGACCUGGUGCUGAACUUAGUCAGCUCCAUAAUCCUACCUUCAUAUUUGUCGAUCGUGCUGGUUUAGUGUACGUGUCGGAUACCGGCAACCGUCGUGUGAUGAAAUGGGCGCAGAUAGAUGGAAUAGGCUCUCUCGUGGGUGGUGAUCAAGAUCCGAAGUUUUGUCCGGCGGGAGUUGUCGAUUCGCUUGACACUGUGUAUGUAGCAGACUCAGGGAAUGAUCAAGUACUACGUUGGCCCAACGCAACCUCGCAGGGAAGUGACGAAACAAACCAGCUGAAAUGUCCCAAGGGUUUGGCAUUCGAUAGAGAUGGCUAUCUCUAUGUCGCUGAUUCAGAGAAUAAUCGAGUACGACGUUUUAAUAUCGAUCCGAAUUGA